UCAUCUGCUUCUUGUACAGUUGCAUCUCUCCCACUCUUAAAAGUAUGAGUAUCCUUUCAAAUUCUUUGGUUUCAUCCCCAAAUCUACCAAUCCAACUAUCUUCUUCUGGCACACAUCUAAAGACAGCAGAUCAAAGCUUUGGGUCUGCUAUUCCCGCAAACUUGUCAUUCAAUUCUAAUCGUUUAGGAAAACUUCAUCUUUCUACCUCUAGAAAUCCAGUAACAGUUCGAGCUUCCUACAGUGAUAGUGAAAGGCCAAGCAGUGCAAGCAUCUUUGUCGGUGGUUUUAUUUUGGGAGGACUUGUGGUUGGUGCACUCGGAUGUGUAUUUGCUCCUCAGAUCAGCAAGGCACUAGCUGGAGCUGAUAGAAAGGAUCAAAUGAAGAGACUGCCUAAAUUCAUAUAUGAUGAAGAAAAAGCUUUGGAGAAAACACGGAAGAUACUGACCGAGAAGAUUGCUCAGCUGAACUCUGCUAUUGAUGACGUUUCCGCUCAGCUUCGAUCCGAAGAUGCCCCGAAUGGAAUUACUGUAAACAGUGAUGAAAUUGAACCUGCCAUAUGAACGAACUACAUUGCUAUAUUAUUCAGAUGCUGGUUUAACACUUCAACUGGUAUUAUUAUAUCCUUGAUAUGAAAUAAUAUGUGAAUCUAUUGUAAUUGUCCUGUUUUCCGGUAAACACUGUAACACUGCCUCUUCAAUAUGUUAUAUACUACCCUUCUUCCUUCAAA